AUGAAUAAUAGAAUUUUACAAACAAAUCGUACCAUUAAUACAGAUGUGUUUAGUCGACCAGUGAUUAAAAAUAAUUUAAAUGAACAAUUGAAAAUUUAUUAUGCUUAUCGAGAAGAAGUUACACGAGAACGUUUGAAUAAUACGGAAAAUCGACCGUUAUCUCAAUUGACUUUUCGUCAUUUUCCCGAUGUACCACCAAAUGCACGUCGUCAUACAAUCUCAUCACAGAUCUUAUCUGUAAAUCCAAAAACAGAUUCAACUUCUCUUAAAAAAUCAUCAAACGAAAUAGAUGACCUACAACGAAAUUCUUCAAUAAAUGAUGCUUCUUCAAUAUCACCGUUACCAACAAGUCACAUAUCUUCAAAUCAUUCCACGUUACAUCGAUCAACAUCUCUAACGAUUGAUCGAUCUUCUUCUUUUUCCUCGUCAUCUUCUUAUUCAAAAAAUGAUCGGCCAAUAUCGAACACACUUUGUCCAAUCUGUCAAAUAUCCUUUGAUAUAGCAGGUAUUCAUCGGCCAGUGAAUGAUGCUUGUGGACAUACAACAUGUUUUCAAUGUUUUAAAACGAUAAUGAUAAACGCAACUGGAUGUAGUCUAUGUCAAAAAGAAGAACUUAAUUCACAAUUAUCGGAUCAAAGUUAUAAUUUAGUAAAAAAAAUAAAAAUAUCUGAUAAAUUUCAGCGAUCUGAUCAAUCAGUUGCUUUAAAUCGUGCUGAAGAUGCUUUUUUUGAUGAAUGGUCACUUGAUCAAUCGUCGUCUACAAAAAAAUCAUUAAAAUCUAUAAAAAGUUUUGAUGACCAUAAUAAUGACGAUGAUGAUGAUGAUGAUACAAAUUUUGAAACCUAUGAACAAAUAGCACCCAUUGAUGAUGAUGAAGAACAAUGUGAUAAAGCAACAUGGAUAUCAGCUGAUGUACAUGAUGAUGGGCCAGAAUAUCGCGAUAAAGAAUUUAGUCAUACAAAGACAAUGUUAGAACGUUUUCAUGCUUUAUUUGGUUUAAGAAAAUUUCGAUCAAAUCAAAAAGAAGCUAUUGAUUGUGCACUUGAAAGACGUUAUCAUCUUUUCGUUCUCAUGCCAACAGGUGGUGGUAAAUCAUUAUGCUAUCAAUUACCAGCUGUUCUUGAUCCAGGAAUAACUUUUGUUGUAUCUCCACUUCGUUCAUUAAUUCUUGAUCAAACACAAAAACUUUUAUCAUUAGGUAUUCCAUGUGCUGCAUUGACUGGUGAUCGAACUCCAGCUGAAGUCUCUGCAAUCUAUGCACAAUGUUAUGCACCAAAACCUAAACUUAAACUUGUUUAUAUUACACCAGAAAAAAUUGGACAAAGCGAUCAAUUAAAUAAAUUAUUCUCACAUCUUUAUGACAACAAUAAUUUAGCCCGAUUUGUUGUUGAUGAAGCACAUUGUAUAUCUGAUUGGGGCCAUGAUUUUCGCCCUGAUUAUGUUAAAAUUGGUAUAUUACGUGAUCGAUAUCCUCGUAUACCGUUUAUAUUACUGACAGCAACAGCAACACCACGAGUUCAACGUGAUAUGCUUCAUCAAAUGAAACUUGAUAGACAUAUAUCAAAAUUAUUUAUUCAAUCAUUCAAUCGAUCUAAUCUUGUGUAUAAAUGUUUUCUUAAAGGAAAAACUGAUGGAGCAUUAGCACGUACAGCUCAGUUAUGUUUAAGUGAACAAUUUGUUGGAUUAUGUGGAAUUGUUUAUUGUUUCUCACGUGCUGAAUGUGAAAAAAGUGCUGCUUAUCUAACAAAUAUUGGCGUUACAGCACAAGCUUAUCAUGCAGGUUUAAUUGAUCAAGAAAGAACUGAUGUACAAACAAGAUGGGCUAAUGAUGAGUAUCAAGUAAUUUGUGCAACCAUUGCUUUUGGAAUGGGCAUUGAUAAACCAAAUGUUCGUUUUGUCAUCCAUUUAUCAAUGCCAAAGUCAAUUGAAGGUUAUUAUCAAGAAUCUGGUCGAGCUGGUCGUGAUGGUGAACAAGCAUAUUGCUAUCUCUUUUACAGUUAUCAAGAUUUCAUUAAAACAAAGCGUUUAAUUAUGGCUGAACAAUCAGCAAAUGCCACAAACGAAGCAAAAAAAGUUCGCAUUCACAAUCUUCAUUGUGUUUAUGCAUAUUGCCUUAAUAAUGUUGAUUGUCGUCGAACAUUAUUACUUGAAUAUUUUGGUGAACAAUAUUUAUCAAGUCAAUGUAAAAAAUAUACUGAAACACGUUGUGAUAAUUGCUGUAAUGUUGCUGAAACUAAAUUAGUUGAUUUUACAGUAUGUGCUAAACAUGUUAUUUCAUUGGUUGAUCAACUAACAAAACAAUUUAAAUCAGCAACUAUUAAUCAAGUUAUUGAUAUUUUAAAGGGCAGCAAACAAAGAGCAAUUAUAGAUGCUGGCCUUGACAAAUUAGAACAAUUUAAUAUUGCUGAAGAAGUAUCGAGAAAUAGUUUAGAACGUCUAUUAUCGAAAUUAAUACUUGAUGGUUAUCUUCAUCAAGAUAUAUCGAUCAAUGAUGCCUAUGGUACAGUAACCGCUUAUAUUCGUGUUGGAAAAACAAAUAUGCUUUCUACUCCAAUAACUUUAUCAGUUUGUACAAAAAAAGAAAAUUCGAAUGCUUCAUCAGUCAUGUCAAACAAUUCUACACGUAAUCGUCUCGUUGAUUCAUGUCUAUUGAAAUUAAAAGAUGAAAUGAAAUUAAUAUCAUCACAAUAUCACAUAAAAUAUUCGACAAUAUUAAGUGAAAAAGCUUUAAAACAAAUGGCAAUAAUAAUGCCAAAAACUAAACAAGAAAUGUUAAGAAAAACAGUUGAAAUGACAACUAUAAAAUAUGAUAUGUACAAAUUAGAUAGACUUUUAGCUAUAACGUGUCAAUUUGCAUCAAAACUCGAUGAAGAAGAAGCGGACGAUUCAGUAAACAAUGGUCUCAAACGAAAACGAGAAACAACAUUAACAAGUUCUUAUUUUCAGGAUACAGCCAAUACAAUGUCAAAGAAAAAAAAAUGA